UGAUUACAUCAGUGACGUGGGAUUGAUUGCUGAAACUACAAUUGUUGCAAACAUAAAUAUAUUAUUGUUGUUUAGUAUUGAUAAGUACGCUGAUUGGGUGAAGGUCAUCUGCCGCUUUGGUGGUCGCGUGACAUUCACUUCCUCCAGAUGACCCGGAUCAAAAUGCAGGACGAGCACAGGACGAGGCUGCAAUUCUAUCGUGAAGCUAUACUCGACGACCUUGAAUACAGAGAUAUCGCCGAUCACCUGAUAGCAAAAUCAACGAUCACAGACGACGACAACGAACGAAUCGUCGCCGGUAUAACGAGAAAAGACCGAGUAAGAGAGUUCUUGAGGUUACUGCCCAAACGCGGUCCUGAAGCGUUUCCUGCCUUUGUGGAAUCGCUAAAAAAGCCUUACUUGCAUCUGUGGAAACUCUUAUCUCGUCCUCUCGACGAUGAACAAUCUGAUGCAAUCGACGUGAGGGAAAGCAGAGUUGAUAUUAUUUUGAGAGCUGGCAAGGUUCCUCCUCGUCCGACUGGUUUCACUGAUCGUCCAGAAGAGAUUAAAAAACUGCGUACGGCUCUCUACAAGCUGCAACACAAUGAUGGUUGGGUCAUUCUUCAUGGAAUGGGCGGCAGUGGAAAGACCAUUCUUGCAGCCGAGUCUCUUCGAGAUGCAACUCUGUUGCGGCAGUGCUUUCCAUCAGGAGUCUUUUGGGUUACGAUUGGUCAAGUUAGUGACAGCCAUGGACGAGUCGACCAAUCAAAGCUUCUCACAAAAAUGGCAAAUCUUUGCAUGAGAAUCGAUGAAGAUCAACGUCCACGUCCAACUAACAUUGAAGAAGCCCAUGAUCGUCUUCUUGAGAUACUUAUGUAUCAAUAUCCACGAGUUCUUCUUGUUCUUGAUGAUGUAUGGAGUCAGGUGGUCUCGAGAUGGUUUGCUGUUGGAUGCCGAGUAUUGGUUACAACACGAGAUAGAACUGUGACCGAUCAAGCACGCAUUGGUGAAAAUAAGCGCAUGUUUGUUUCACUUGACGGCGGCCUGAAGGUAGCGGAAGCACGUUGUAUUCUUAGCAGUUGGACUGGUAUUCCAGUAAACGAGCUUCCGAAAGAAGCAAAUUCAAUCAUUGCUGAAUGUGAAUCGUCACCAUUGGCUAUUGCUAUGAUUGGUGCUCUGUUACAGAAGGAUCCUAAGCAAUCAAAAUGGGAAUAUUAUUAUCACAAUUUACGUGAUCGUAAGCUGAAGAGAAUCAAUCGGCCGAUUGAGUACGAAUACCCAGCACUCGAUGCUUCGAUUGCCGUUAGUAUUGAGGCUCUAGAUGAAGACCAACGAAUGCGGUACACCCAACUUGCUGUGUUUGAAGAUGAUGUUGUCAUGUCGUCCGAAGUUCUCUCUGUUCUUUGGAAUGAUGAGCCUAUCGUCAUCGAGCAGGAGUACAUGAAAGACUUUGUCAACAAGUCACUUGUUCGUCUUGUCCCUGAAGCUAGCAAAGAGCAUGCAUCGUAUUUAAUCCAUGAUUUACAACUCGAUUAUCUUAAGGAGAUUGGUAAUACGAAAGAAGAACUGCGCACUGCUCAUGCACAGUUUGUUGAUAGUUACAGUGCAAAGUGUGAAGACGAUUUUUCACAAUUACCAGAUGAUGGUUAUGUUCACCAGCACUUGAUCCUUCACUUAUUGAAGGCUAAGAGGGUGGAUGACGCCGCUCAACUUCUUGCAGAUUUACAGUGGAUUGAGUCAAAGUUGAGAGUAUGUGGUCCUUCUGCAGUCAUUGUCGAUUAUUUGAGAUAUCAGUCUGCUGUGACAGACAAAGAGAAGGGUCGGAAACAUAGUAGAGGAGCUGCCAAACCGCAGAGAUCACUUAGCAGUCAGGCUGUGAAAUUGAACGACUUUCAGAGGUUUGUCAGUACAAAUGCUCAUCUGUUUUUUGACCCGAACAACUUCCCGGACAUGACGCAGCUCGCAUUACAACAGCCACACAAGAGUGAAGUCUACCAGCAAGGCCUUGCCUUAGCAAGAGCACAGCUUGCUGUUGAUUCUGAUCAUUUCUAUGUAGAUUGGAUUAACGAGAGGUCUGCUACAGAGUGGCAUCUCUUGACAAUGAAAGUGGGUGAGGAUCCGGUUCGAUAUGCUGCGUUUUCUCUAGAUAAGGAAAGCUCCAAAAUUGUUAUGUGUUCUGAAAAUUUGGCUGUUGAGGUGAGAAUGAGCGAAUCGGGCAGCACAACAGUUCGGUUCGAACAACACAGCGAUUUUCCUCAUCACGCCAGUUUCUCACCCAAUGGCGUUCACCUCGCAUCAUGCUCAGAUGACGGUGCCAUCAAGGUGUGGAUGAUUUCUGGCAGCAACGCACACGAACUUUUUCAGCUCAGUGGUCAUAAACCUGGUAAUGCUACUCGAUGUUGCGAAUUCUCACCCGAUGGUAAACACAUUGCGUCGUGCUCUGAAGAUGGAUCUGUUAAAGUGUGGAGUAGUUUGACUGGCAACGAGGUGUUCACCUGCCAUCCUCCUCAUUGUCGAUCAGUUUUGUCUUGUCGGUAUUCGCAUGAUGGAAAGAUGAUUGCUUCUGCUUCAGAAGACAGGACACUUAAGAUAUGGAGUGCUGCAUCUGGUGACUUGAUUACAUCACGUGAUCAACAUGAUGGCAAUGUGAAUGACUGCUCAUUUUCGCCUGAUGGUACUCUAAUCAUUUCAGCUUCAGAUGAUGCAACAGUAAAGGUGUGGAAAACUGGUCCUCAAGAGAAUCCUGAUGCUGUUGUGGUGCUCAAGAAGCCGGGAAGACAGCAGACUCUGUACCCAUUUCUUUGCUGUGCAUUUUCUCCAGAUGGAAAUAUAAUUGCAGCUGGUGGAGCUGAUGCUGAUAUUGAUUUGUGGGAUGCUGACACGUAUUGUCACAUCGAUACUCUGACGGGUCACACCAGUUUUGUCUUUUCUUGUAACUUCUCUGUUGAUUCUUCAAGGCUUGUUUCAAGUUCUGAUGAUGGAACUGUAAAGGUGUGGAAUAUGGCUCACCAGGAAAAAUUAGUGUCUGAUGGCAAACCUCUUGUUAGUCGUCGAUUUGACAUAAUUUUUGGGAACAGUGACGUAUCUAAACACACUGUGUAUGCUAUCGACAUGAGUGACAGUAAAAUGAAAGUGCUUUCUGGGGACUGCGUGAAGGAAAUGGUAGUUACGAAUCGUGUGAAGAGUUGGAGGUUGUCAAGUAAAGGAGACAAGUUGGCUUUGGGUUUUAUGAAUGGAUCUGUGGAGGUCCACUCUCUUGAAGACGAAUGCGAUCCUUUAGUUUUACAACGACACAUGAAGAAAGUACGGCACUGUCUAUUCUCAUCAGACGACACUCAUCUCAUCUCGUGUUCAGAUGAUGGAUCUCACACGCUGUGGGACUUGGUGCAUGGCAUUGAGUUCGGUCACCUUCAAGCUGGCGAGGAAGCUCAGGAUCGGAUUUCAUCUCGUCGUGGCAGCAGUGUUAGUACAAUAGCAACGGACACCAAGACAUCCAACCUGCCGUGUGCAUUCUUCAACAACAGCGUUCUUGCAGUGUCAGGAUCUCUGGAUGGAAAUGUCUAUAUUUGGCCUAGUGCUGAUGGUGCUAUGCUGCACACUUGUAAAGGCCAUGGAGACACAGUUGUUGCUGUAGCUGUCUCGCAUGAUGAUCAGUUUGUUGCUUCUGCCAGUGUCGACAGAUCAAUGAUGGUGUGGUUGGCCUCAAAUGGAGAGUCUGUGCACAAGCUGUCAGGUCAUCUAGACGUUGUAAGGACAUGUGCUUUCUCACCCAAGGGAAGCUAUCUUGCAUCUGGAAGUGACGAUAGGUCAAUCAAGGUGUGGGAUCUUAAACAAGGGAAGGAAGUUGCCUGUGCCAGGGGUCAUGAGGGUUGGACAGUGAGCAUUCAGUUCUCUCCAGAUGAAAAAUCAAUUGUUUGCAUAGACAAGAACAGUGUGAGGUGGUGGUCUGUUGACGGACGCCCUUUGCAGACAUAUUACAUGAGGGGACAGUUUCCUAAGUUUCUUCGAGUCAACAGAGACUUUUCGACGUUUGUGACAGUUGACGAUAUCGGGUAUCUGUAUGUCCUGCAGCGACUACAAGUGGACUGAAGCAAAGUAUGAUGAUACUUCAUGCAGUAAAUCAAAUAAUAUUGCUGUUCUGAAUCAAAUAAUUUUGCUGUGCCAAAUCUGUUGCAUAAGAGGCAUCAAUAGUGGUGUGCAUGUUUAGGUGGAAUUUGAUACAAUUGGUGUUGCUAGAAAUGAGACAAAAUUGUGUUGCUUGGUACUAGACUCUAGUGCUGUUUUCAGUGAGA